GGAAAACAGAUUUCUUAUGGAAUCAUUUAAUUAAUAAAAAACAGAACAAAUUUGUAUAAGCUCUACAAGAUUGAGUUCAGAAACUAAUUUCUUGAGAACUCGCGAACCCUAAUUUGUUUCUUCUCCUUUUCAUUAGUCAAUUCUAGUACUUCUUCUUCUUAUUCUUCAUUCUUCAUCUUCUUCGUUCGUCAUUCUCCAAAUAGUUAUUACUUUUCUUCUCCACGAACCUGCUGCCUCGCUCUGCGCCUCCGCCUGGCCUCGCUCCGCGCCUCCGCCUCGCCGUCUUUGCCGUUCGUCAAAUAAGAGCUCUGCACCUAUUGCUGUUUAGGGUUUUGCCGAAUCAAUCUAUCUCUACAAUGGGUAAAGCUAAAAAGGGACCAAAAUUUGCGGUUAUGAAGAAGCUUGUCACUUCUAAAGCAAUCAAAAGCUAUAAAGAAGCGGUUUUGAACCCUGAAAAGAAGAACACUCUUAAAGAAAAAUUGCCCAGAAACGUUCCUAGUCAUUCUUCGGCGCUUUUCUUUCAAUACAAUACUGCGUUAGGACCCCCUUAUCGUGUUUUGGUGGAUACCAACUUCAUCAAUUUCUCCAUCCAGAAUAAAUUGGAUCUGGAGAAAGGAAUGAUGGACUGCUUAUAUGCAAAAUGUACCCCGUGUAUCACAGACUGUGUGAUGGCAGAACUUGAGAAGUUGGGCCAAAAAUAUCGUGUAGCUCUAAGGAUUGCAAAGGAUCCUCGAUUUGAGAGAUUACUCUGUACUCAUAAGGGGACCUAUGCCGAUGAUUGCCUUGUUGAGAGAGUUACUCAGCAUAAGUGUUUCAUUGUCGCAACAUGUGAUCGUGACUUGAAGAGGAGAAUCCGGAAGAUUCCUGGUGUGCCAAUAAUGUACAUCACUAAACACAGAUACUCAAUCGAGCGGUUGCCAGAAGCAACAAUUGGUGGAGCACCUAGAAUUUGAUCCAGCAAAACAGGAAAGCACACCAAUAAUCUCGACACUCCUUCAUGGGUUUAGAAGUUAUAUAUAUGCAUAUUUGGUCCUUUAGAUGGCUGGAUUGGAAUCUCAUAGAAGCAUGACACUGAUCAAGAAGCAACUCUGCAAUGGUUGAUCCGAUAAAUUUCUGCAGUGUAACUUGGUCGAUUUUGGAUGCUGUCAAACGUUUUUGUCGCUAAUAUAAAACUUUGGAGAGUGCCUAAACUAUUGUGGUUUAUGGCAUUUGCAUAGAUUGUUACUAUAGAUGUAAACUAUUGAAAAGAUACUUUAUGAUUGGAAAAGAAAAAAAUGUGUUUCAAUUGAAUUUGAAUUGUCGAGUUUGUUCUUCACGUGCCA